AUGCUCGGCCACCGCGGCUACCACGGCAAUGCUCGCGAUUACAAUGCUGCCGUAGCGGCGCUCAAUGGCCUGCAGAGCAACUUUUCUAUAGUCGAUGCCAUCAAGAAAGCUGGACCCGGCUGGAACAAGCGUGCCAUACCAGAGAUGCUCAGCUGGGUGCGGCGGAUAGGAUAUGAGCCGUCCGAUUUCGAUCGUCUUAACCCCAUACACAUCGCAGGCACCAAGGGCAAAGGCUCAACCUCUUCCUUCAUCUCCUCGAUCCUCGCGCAGUAUCUGCCGACGAAGAAGAGCAUACAUGCAGAAAGAUUGCCCUCUGCAAUCGGUCUUUACACAUCACCGCAUCUGCGAUUCGUUCGCGAGAGGAUCAAGAUCAAUAAUGAGCCUAUAUCAGAAGAGCUGUUCGCCCGUUGCUUCUGGGAGAUCUGGGAUCGACUAGAAGCAUCACAGCCGAAAGGCUUGGACUCGGGCGCGAGAGGGAUAGACGGCAAGCCUGUCUAUUUCCACUUUCUCACAUUGAUGGCCUUGCAUUGCUAUCUUAAAGAGUCGGUAGGGACAGCAGUAAUCGAGUGUGGCAUUGGAGGGGAAUAUGAUACAACCAAUAUCCUGUCAAAGCCAUCGGUUACAGGCGUCACCAGCUUGGGGAUCGAUCAUGUCGCACUGCUCGGCGAUACUAUCGACCAGAUAGCGUGGCACAAAGCCGGCAUUUUCAAAGAAGGUGUCCCAGCCUUCACGGUUCCCCAGCCAGAGCAGGCGCUUAAAGUGCUGCGAGAGCGAUCGAAGGAGCGGAGGACAGAGCUGCAUGUUGUGUCUGUUCACAAAGCCCUUCAAUCGAUCCAGCUUGGUCUUCACGGUGGCUUCCAGAAGCUCAAUGCCUCUCUAGCCAUCGCAAUAUCAGCACUCCACCUUAGUCGUCUUGGCUUCACUGGAUUACCAGACCCUUAUAACCCAGAAGCUGAGCUGCCUCGGGAGUUCAUGACUGGGCUUGAGACGACAAAACUCGGGGGUCGGUGCGAUCAGCGACCAGAUGCAAAACUCGCAGCACUUACUUGGUACGUUGAUGGCGGCCAUACUUUGGAGAGUAUUGAAGUCGCUGGCCAGUGGUUUGCCGAGAGGACUGCGAAGUGCGAGGCAGACGGCGGCCAGCGCAUUCUUCUCUUCAACCAACAGACGCGGGAUGCAUCUUCACUGGCGAGACGCCUCCACAACACGCUGGCUGGCGCACUGAAAGAUGCCCAUCCAUUCAGGCAUGCGAUUUUCUGUUCCAACACAACGUACAGGAAUGCUGGCUACAAAGCAGACCUGGUCUCAAUGAACACCAGCAAAGACGAUGUCGACAGUCUGCGUGUGCAAAAAGAACUUGCAGCUGCCUACAAUGCUAUUGAUCCUCGGGCAAAGAUUCACGUCGUCAGCACGAUUGAGGAAGCCAUUGCUCGAGCUCGCGAACUGGCUACCACUCCGAAAACGCAGGUCCUUGCCACCGGCAGCUUGCAUCUGGUCGGCGGUGUGAUUGAAGUUCUGGAAAGCGAAGCAGAGAGCUCUGGAGAAUGA